AGAAAAAAUAUGGUUAAUAAAGAACAACUCUUAAAGAAACUGAAAAAUGAUAUAGCAAACUUUAAAGAAAAUAAAUUAAAUGAUGGUUGGAUCGAAGAAGAAAUCGAUGAAGAAAUUGCUGUUUUUUUUGAAAGUUUUCAGUGGUACAAGUACAAUAAUGUGAAGAAAUCAUUAAAGUCAUACAUCUAUAAAUUUUUGGUAUGCUUUUUAAUCACUUACCUAGCAUUUAAUGCGUUAAUUGAAAAUAACAAAGUAGUUUCAUCAAAGUACAAUGAAAUAAUGUUUGGAUACCAAGUCCACUAUCAUAUACAAAGAUAUAUGCGGUUUAUAGCAUUACCUUUUUAUAAACUGCACGAUUUAUCCAAAUAUCAUGAUGGAGAGUGUUUGUUGAGAAAUCCAUUUUACGUGGAAGAAUUACCUGGUUGCAGCUUCUGUGAGGGGGUAGAAGAAGUUAAAGUUGUUAGCAUAGAAAAUUUUAAUGUCACUGAUUAUUUGGAAAAUGACUAUUCUCAACCAUAUGUUAUAAAAAAUGUUCCUGGUUACUAUAAUAUAACUGUUAACUUCCAGAGUUUUAAAGAUCUUUUUUCAAAUUAUUCAAAUGAGUUGAAUAAAGCUAUAUGCAAUUACAAUACAGAUGACAGUAUUGGUAAAGUUAGUGACUAUUUUAAAUUUACAGAAGAAGAAAUUAUGCAAAGAAACAUUUCGCUAACAUGGACAAACUGUCAUACUUAUGGAACAAGAUUUUAUCGUAAAUUAUUUCCAAGACCUUUGUUCGUACCCAAUACAAGUGAAAUCUAUUUUGAGAAAACUGUGCUUUUUCUUCAGAAUGGUUUUGCAUAUGAAAAUCCUGACAUUAAUCAAGAUGGAAUUACAUACAUAGUUCAAGUAAGUGGCCAAUCAAAUUUUAAGAUGUCUUCACCUGACAUGUGUCAUAGCAAUUGUACAUCACAAGAGCUAUUGGUUCAACUCAACAAAGGAGAUAUUUUUAUUUAUUCUCGGAAUGAAUGGACAAGUUCACUUGUAUCUUCAAGUAAAGAACUGUCAAUUAUAUACAUUUCAAAAUUCUCUAAAUGAUUUUAAAACUAUAUCAGUAGUACUAUAAUUACAGAUUUUAAUACUUUGGCUAAUAAAAUAUAAAAUAAUUUUUUAAUAUAUUUUUAAGUUGUGUUUUUAGUUAUUAUAAAAA